GAUCACCAAAACAACCAGACGCCUGGGCUGGUGAAGCUGUUAGUCAUGGCUGAUGAGGCUCUAGCAAAAGCAGGGUUACAUUUCGACGAACUUAAUAAAAUUCGAGUUUUAGAACCUGAUGUUCAACAGCAAACGGUUGAGCUGAAAGAUGAGUGUAAAAACUUUGUUGAGAAGAUUGAUGGAUUCCAGAAAAUUGUUGGUGGAUUUAUUAUGAUGAUGGACAAACUAGCAAAUGAAGUGGAGAAAGAAAAAAUGAAGGCCAUUGGCUCAAGAAAUCUGCUCAAGUCCAUAGCAAAGCAACGGCAAGCUCAACAGCAGCAGCUGCAUGCACUUAUAGCUGAGAAAAAAAUGCAAUUAGAAAGGUACAGAAUGCAAUAUGCAGCAUUGCAGAAAGAAGAGGCCGAGCAGAAUGAAUUCAUCGACCAAUUUAUUCUUCAAAAAUAGUUGAAUGUUUGUAAAUUUCCAAUACAUAAGCGCCCUCUACAGGUAUUUUAGUACACUACCCAAAUGACAUUCCAAACAUUGUCGGACACACUGAGUUGUUCAAAUCAUAUAUUUAUUUUAUUUAUAUGAUAGUUUAUAUUUUUAAGAUCCAAAUUCGAAUAUUUCUGGUGGUAGGACUGAGUUAAAGGAAAAACGUUUUUUUCUGAAAUUUUAUAUUUAUUUGGAAAUAAUCAUUAAUGUCGAUGGGCAGCUGGUCCAUUAAAGUCUUUCUAAAUGGGAAAAAAAAGUACCAGAAAAAAAAAGACCAGAUAAACACUGGACUCCAGUAAGCCGUGCCCUAGCAUUUUGUUAUGGUGCCACAAAACAACAGCUGAAACAUAAUAAGCAUGUGCAUUUGUGGGUAAACACAUGUUGGUUGGACAAGUGCAUAUGCCUGAUCCUGUUUUGAAUCAGUUGUUAAAUUUGACUGAGACUUCAGAAGAUUUAUGUACAGUAUAAGUGUAGCAUAUGUGAUGUAGAUACAGUAUGGAAAAUGUAAAGAAUAUGUAUUAACUGUACAUUUGAAAUAAUACUAUAUAAUACAUACUAUUA